AUGAUAGCGUCAUCAGCGCUCGAGGGGGGGGAGGCGGCGCCGGCGGAGGCGGGGGAGGCCGACGCCAGACGAGUCGCUCGUAAGGGUCGUACGCGUCCCCGGGGAGUCCGGCGGGUCGGGGGGGCGGGCAACGGCCCCCGAGACUCCUCCGUGCCGUUGGGGGCGGAGCCGCCGGGGGGGCCGCCGGUCGGGCGGCGGGCUUGGGGCCCACCGCGCCGUGCGCGCUCUCCGCCGGCGCGGCCGCCACCGCGGCGGGCCCGCUCGCCUCCCUUGGCAAAGAGGCGUUUCGUCGUCGCUCAGGAGUACGAUCACGUUGCGCGGGGACGGGGUCAGCUCGCGGAAGGGCGACCGCUCCAGGGCGAUGAUGGGGACGGGCUUGGCGGGGCACGGUCUCCGGGUCGGGCGCGGCCGUUCGUCCCGCGCCUCCGUCGCCGCUCUCUGCGGGCCCUUCUCGUCGCUCGUCACCCGAAGCGCGCUCCUGGUCCUUGA